AUGAUACCUCAAAUCCUCGAAUAUACCCUUUGCGGGCACACUCUGUUCAGUUUGGUAAUGCCAAUGCUGGGUCUGGGAUGCAACUCCAAGCCCGUCACUGUUGACUCUCCUACUCUUUCUGGGUUGACUAUGCAGCAAACAUGGGCUCAGUACUCGCCUUACUAUCCGGCUGCUGAGUAUCAGGCUCCCCCUCCAGGUUGUGAUGUUGUUCAAGUGAACUUGUUGCAACGGCAUGGUGCGCGCUACCCAAAGAAGAGCGACGGGAAGGCUAUGAAAAAGAGCGUCAAACGACUCAAGGGCGCCAAGAGCUUUCGUGAUGCCUCACUCGAUUUCGUAGCGAACUAUACUUAUGCUCUUGGAACUGAUGACUUGGUCCCUUUUGGUGCCGCUCAAUCCUUCGAAGCCGGUCAGUUACAUUAUGGUCGUUAUGCCAGCCUUGUCAACGAAGACAUGUUGCCAUUUGUCCGCGCAUCUGGGUCCGACCGCGUAAUCAAUUCUGCACUGAACUGGACAGCUGGUUUCGCAAACGCUAGCAAUCAACAAUACACUCCGAUACUCUCUGUCGUCUUUGAUCAGUCUUCGAAUGAUACUCUCGACGAUAAUAUGUGUCCUAAUGUUGGGACUUCGGACGAUCAGACCAAAACUUGGUUGGACGUUUUUGCGCCUGAGAUCCGUGACCGCCUCAACCAUUAUGCUCCCGGGGCUGAUCUCAAAAAAAAGGAUGUUGAGAACCUCAUGUCCCUGUGCCCGUUCGAGACCGUCGCAUACGAACAAAUCAGUCCCUGGUGUGCAUUGUUCACAGAAGAAGAAUGGGCAUCCUACGAAUAUCAUGGCGACCUGUAUGAUUAUUAUGGAAAUGGGUAUGGUCAGCAACUGGGACCAGUGCAAGGUGUCGGUUAUGUGAAUGAGCUCCUGGCACGCUUGACUGGUCGACCAGUGCAGGACAACACACAGACGAACCACACUCUAGACUCAUCACCUGUCACCUUUCCCUUAGACAGAACAUUCUACGCCGACUUCUCCCACGAUAACGAGAUGAUUUCUAUCUAUAGCGCUCUUGGCCUCUUCGUCCAACCACACCAUCUCGAUCCGACUCACCCAAACCCAAUGCGUACAUGGGUCGAGUCCAAACUUGUUCCCUUCUCAGGUCGUAUGACCACGGAGAAGCUCGAGUGCACGAUUAACGGGGAGAGAGGCGAGUAUGUGAGGAUUUUGGUGAAUGACGCCUUGCAGCCUCUUCCCUUUUGUGCAGGUACUGGCGAUGGCCUCUGUACUCUCGAUAACUUCGUGGAAAGCCAGCAGUACGCGAGAUCUAAUGGUGCUGGCGAUUGGGAACUUUGCUCCGACUAG